UUCUCUAUCUGCUUGUACUUAAACGUUAGACGUUCUGUUUUGCAAUAACUGACUUCACAUGAAUGGUUACCAGCGUUCAGUAAAAUUUGAUGAGCCCAGGAAAAUAAACUUGAUUUAUCCUUUCAAUACAUUUGCAGGAGUCUUCAAAGUGGAUAUUGUCCCACUCCUUUGAGGCCUAUGUAUACUAAAUGUACACAGAAUGGAAAAUGAGAAUGAUUUCUGCAUUUCAGUUGGUUUUGCUAACAAUAUUAUUAUUAAAACUUCACAAUGGGUGCUGCACAAACAAAUCUGCAAAAACUUUAACUCUUCAAAAUAUAACUCUUUCGAGUGACAUUUCAUCACAAACACUAAAUGUGAGAUGGCAGCUGAAAGGUGAGACAAAUGCAGCAGGAAAGGAAAUUACUUUUCAGAUUCAAGUUGGAUGGACAAAAGAAAAGAAAAUUAUUUUCACGGAUUACUUCAACACAACAUUUUUCAAAGACAUGCACUUUUCAUGGUCUUGGCAGUCAGAUUUUCCAUUGGAAUGUACAGUGUAUUCUGUACGAAUCCGAACAAUGGAGGAUAAGUCCAGCACUUGGAGUGAGUGGGUUGACUUGGAGCCUGUUUCAGAAGGCACCACAGAGGAAGUUAUGAUUUUUCCUAAAGAAAAAACACUUCCUUCAGGAUCUACUCUAAAUGCUUGCUGUGUGCAUAAAGAGAACGCAACUGCAGCCAUCAUGUUUAACAACAGGCCAUAUCCACUUAUAAACAUCAGCAGCACAGCAAAAGCCAUCACAGUGAAGAACCUUCCAAUGGUUCCCUAUGGUUCUUUUGACAUUGAAUGUACUGUGUCUAGUCCUGAAGAAGAUCCAGUACACGAAGGAAGCAGUUUUUUCGUAAUAUAUCCUGCAGAAACUCCUAGGAAUUUAAGCUGUGAAACUCAAGACCUACAGAAGGUAACAUGUUCAUGGAACACUGGACAGUUUAUAAAAAUGCCACCUGAUGUGCAAACAAAAUACUGCUUGUCCUUGUCUGGGAAAGAAAUGGAAAAGUGCUUUAAGGAGAACAAUGGGGUCUUCGAAGUCACUCCUGGUCAGAUGGUGUACAACGUUACAGUGAAAGCAAUAAACCAGCUAGGAGAAGCGGUCGCUCAUCUUUCUUUCAACAUACUUGAAAGAGUGUAUCCUCCGGUGCCAGCGGACUUUUCAGUGCAUGCCACAGGACCCCGAUCUUUGAACGUAUCCUGGACACUGGCAGGCAGUUUGUCAGCUCUGAGUCUUCUUUGUGAAUCUGAGCUCACAACAGACCAUGGAAAGCAAAUUCUGAAGAACCACACGUUAGAUGGAGGUCUUAACUUUGUCUACACCAUCACUUUGGAUGGUUUGUGUGUGUACACAAAUUAUUCUGUCCGAAUGCACUGUGCUGCUGAAAAACAUUUCUGGAAAUGGAGUGAAUGGAGUGAUCCUCAGGUGAUUCAGACUGGAAAACACAUUCCUUCAGCAGGACCCGAUAUUUGGAGGGAGAUUAAAUCUAGUGACAAAGGCCGAAAUGUGACUUUGCAUUGGAAGUAUCCUGAUAAUUCACAAACAAAUGGCCCUAUUGAAUAUUACAAUUUAACCUGGACAUCACUGCAAGAUCUGCCUCAUACAAAAUCCAUCAUAAUUAGUGCGGAGAAUGGUAUACAGAAUGAGAAAAGACUCUGGUUCAGUAACGUGGCGUACAUCAUCACAAUCCAAGCAAAGAACUCAGAAGGCUGGUCACCACCAUCCACUCUGACAAUUCCUUCUGCUCCAGAAGGUGAAAUCAAUAUAAAACAUCAGAUAAUCAAUGGAACGAAUGAGGGCUUCAACCUUACCUGGAAACCAGAGACCUCGGUGACCUGUGGCUACACUGUGGAGUGGUGUGAAAGAAGCAAGAUCAGUUCCUCUGGUCUUCACUGGGCCAAAUUCAAUUCCACUGCUGCAGUCAUAACUUCAGGAAACUUCAAAAAAGGAGAAAGGUACACAUUUAACAUCUAUGGAUGUACGUCAGCCGGUGACCAUGCGUUGGAAAUCAUGACAGGAUACACGCAGGAACUUUCCCCCACAGAGAGACCACAAAUAAAGCACUUCCGACCGCAGGCCCACUCUGUAACACUACAGUGGAGUUUCAAUGAGCACAGUGAGACCAAUCAUGGAUUCAUCCUGGGCUACAACAUUUGCGUUAAAGAAACAUCAGACAUCACCAAAGCAACCUGCAAACAAAUCAGAAAUCAUGAAAAGAAUGAGUACACCUUCAAAGACCUGCAGCCCAUGACUAAGUACAGGUUUGAAGUGUCGGCAUUCACUGCUGGAGGUGACGGUCCCUGUGACUCUGCAACUGUGACAACUCUGCACAUUGGUAAGUUUACAUUAACUGCCAAUGAGAAACCAUUGAUUUAUAAGAAAGCAGGGUGGGAGAUCUUCAUUUGAAGAGGUAAGUUACUCAUUGAGUACUUCACUUGGCAGGCAGAUGGUUUACAUCUAGUGUCCCAGAAGUGUAGAGAUUAUCUCAAAGGUCCAGUGAGGUAGUUCGCAUGUUAUUUUCCCAUGUCUGUGUG